UUUUUAUAUUAUCCAAACACGUUAAUCCACUAAUAAAAAAUAAAAAACAGAUUAAAAUAAAUACUAAUAAAUUGAGGGCAUGACAAAAUCCAAUGUGAUGAUUACUCAACGUUUCUUUCCUCGGAGUCAUUCAUUACCGCCACGUAAAGGUCCACGUUCGCUUUUGCAUACAGAUUUGUACUUGUCUGACAAUUUUAACCUCCCAGUUGAAGUCUAACGGACACCUUUACCAUGCUCUGCUCUAGGAGUGUCUCCGAGUUAACCGCUUCUUUUAUCACUAAACAAAUAAUCACACUUCCAGUUUCGGUGUAUCACAGCUUUGAUUAUCGGAAAGAUGAAUCAGUUGCUGGUGAGGUCGGUUAUGAGGCGGUUAGUUUCUGGCGGUACCUGUAACCGUUCCAUAUCGUCUGUGUCUGCGGCGGCGGCGGUAGUGUUCAGAGAAGUUCAUAAGCCGAAUAGUGAGUCAGUUGUGAUGAUGAGUAGCCAGAGGCUGAGAUUCUCUGGUCAGUGGUGGAGGAUGAUGUGCUCCACUAGUGAACCGCCAUCGAAGAAUUCAACGACGUCCUCUGCGGUGAGGAAGGAGGACGAGAAAUUGAGUGGUGAUUCUGUGGAGAAAAUAGAAGCGGAAGACAAAGUAGCUCUUUCCAGCUAUUGGGGAGUCUCCAGGCCAAAAAUUACGAAAGAAGAUGGCUCCGUGUGGCCUUGGAACUGCUUCAUGCCAUGGGAGACAUAUCAGGCUGACUUGUCGAUCGAUCUAAGCAAGCACCAUGUGCCCAAGACAUUCCUUGAUAAGGUUGCUUAUUGGACGGUGAAACUUCUCAGGAUUCCAACAGAUUUAUUUUUUAAGAAAAAAUAUGGUUGUCGUGCAAUGAUGUUGGAAACAGUGGCAGGUGUACCUGGAAUGGUGGGAGGUAUGCUGUUACAUCUGAGGUCGUUGCGCAAGUUCGAGCAAAGUGGUGGUUGGAUAAAAGCAUUACUUGAAGAAGCUGAGAAUGAGAGAAUGCAUCUGAUGACUAUGGUGGAGCUAGUACAACCUAAAUGGUACGAGAGGUUGUUAGUUAUUGCUGUGCAGGGAGUCUUUUUCAAUUUUUACUUUGUGCUUUACUUGCUGUCCCCCAAGCUUGCACACAGAGUUGUCGGUUAUCUGGAAGAGGAGGCAAUACACUCUUAUACGUUGUAUCUUAAUGAUAUUGAUCGUGGUGAAAUUGAAAAUGUUCCUGCUCCUGCAAUAGCAAUUGACUACUGGAGACUGCCUAAGGAUGCAACUCUAAAGGAUGUUAUUACUGUCAUCCGUGCUGAUGAAGCUCAUCAUAGAGAUGUUAACCAUUUCGCAUCUGAUAUCCAUUAUCAAGGAAAGAAAUUGCAGGAGGCAGCUGCUCCUAUUGGUUACCAUUAAAUCUUCAUAUUGGUCUGCUUUGCAUAGUUU